AUUUUGAUGCGCCGUUGUUGUGGGUGCCAGUGCGUCUGUCUGUUUCGCGGUGACCGGGCACACCUCCGUUGACCUAUUUUCUGGUUAUUGCAUCCAACCUAACUAUUUAUGUCUAAGGGUGUAAAGUGGGGCGACGCCGGUUUGCAUCUUGUGAGCUAUAAUUCGAUUCGGUCUUUUAGUGCUUCAGGCUUUUUAUUCAUUUUCGAUUAAUUUAUGACUUGAAAAGUUUGUGUUUUUGUGAGUGCAGUGAAGUAUUAUCGAUAAAUCCUGGGGACAUGGAAGAUCUAAGUUAAAAGGACUGUGAACACAACGCAUCCAAAAUAAAGUGUAAAUGUUUAGUGUAGCUAGUAGAAUGGCCACACAAGUGCUGGCCAGAGAGUUACGUUUGAGACGGAGUGUACACAACACAAUAUGAUGGACUCGGAACUACCACCUGGUAGCUGUAACUCCACUGGACACUUGUCCACAAUUGGAUACCACACUCUGCCAGGCCGCAUGCACCACUCGGCCAGCACACCGGCGGGGGUGGACGGCGCCGGCGGCGCGCGCACUCCGCCCGCCACGCCGAAGAAGGGCGGCAAGAUGCUCGCCGUCAGGGUGCAGAUGUUGGACGACACAAUAUCCAUGUUCCAGAUACAGUCGAAGGCGCUAGGUCGUGUGUUGUUCGACCAGGUGUGUCGGCAGCUGCAUCUGCUUGAGGCGGACUACUUUGGCCUCGAGUACCAGGACAGCAACGGGACGAAGGUAUGGUACUGGCUGGACGUGGAGAAGCCGAUGUGCCGUCAAGUGGGCCUGUCGAUGCUAGAGCCGACGCUGCGGUUCUGCGUGAAGUUCUACACGCCCGAUCCGGCGCGGCUCGAGGAGGAGUUCACGCGCUAUCUGUUCUGUCUGCAAGUGAAACGCGACCUUGCGCAGGGGUGCAUACAGUGCAACGAGAACACCGCCGCGCUGAUGGCCAGCUACAUCGUGCAGGCGGAGUGCGGCGACUUCGUCCCGGAGGACUACCCGGACCACACGUACCUCAGCGGGUACAAGUUCUUCCCGAGCCAGGACUCCGAGUCCGAGAGGCGGAUCAUGGAGAACCAUAAGAAGCAUAUAGGCCAGAGUCCAGCGGAAGCGGAUUUAAAUCUACUGGAGACGGCGCGGAGAUGCGAACUUUACGGAAUAAAAAUGCACCCUGCCAAAGACCACGAGGGUGUACCGCUAAACCUGGCCGUAGCGCACAUGGGCAUCGUGGUAUUCCAGAACUUCACCAAGAUCAACACCUUCAGCUGGGCCAAGAUCAGGAAGAUAUCGUUCAAGAGGAAAAAAUUCCUCAUCAAACUGCACCCGGAGGGAUAUGGAUACUACCGGGACGUGGUGGAGUUCUUCUUCGAAGGUCGCAACGAGUGCAAGAACUUCUGGAAGAAAUGCGUGGAGAACCAUGGGUUCUUCCGCUGCUCCAGCGUGCCGCGACUGCCGCGACACAAGACCAGGGUCAUAUCGCGCGGCUCCUCGUUUAGGUAUAGCGGCAAAACUCAAAAGCAAAUAGUCGAAUUCGUCAGAGACAACUACGUGAAACGACAAACAUUCCAAAGGUCGGGGUCGUUCCGCGCGUCGCGGUCGGUGGGCGGGUCGCGCGGCAACGUCGCGGCGCCGCUCGCCAACAUCUCGGGCAGCGUGUCCGCGCACCCGCUGCUGCCGCUGCCGCCCGGCUCCGACGCGAUUUCCCUGGAGUGGGACAAGCAGCCUCACUACCUGGAGGCUUCUCUGAUGAUGAAGGGGUACUCUGCGGAGGAGGCGCGGGCGGCGGCGGAGCGAGCGCGCACUCGCUCGGGCGCCGCUCGCCCGCCGCUACAAGCUACCGCCUUUGUCACCACGAGGGACAAGCUGACAAAACUGUACUGCAAUCAAAUCGUGGGUCCCGAGCUGGUGACUCAUGCCGAGGUCAAUCAUCAUCCUACGGAGGAUUCGCCUCUGCCUCAUCGGACGACGACACCAUUGGUUUCUCCGGAGAGUACAUGGAGCCAGGCGAGCUUGGUGCGAGGCAGUGGUCGCGGGCGCGCGCCCACUCCGCCGCCGCGUGCCCCGCGUCCGCACGCGCACACACGCACAGACGAAACGUCAGCGGAAGAGGAUAACACGGUGUCGUCAGCGAGCCUGUGCAUGUCGCCGACGUCGACGUGCGAGCGGGGCGCGGCGCCGCUGUGCGCCUCCACGCCGCGCGCGCACGCGCCGCCCUCCGCGCUCCACAACGGGCACGACGCCGUCGACAACGCGACCACCGCACCCACCGCACCCACCGCUGAUGUUGUUAACGGGAAUGUUAACGUUAACAUCGUUUCGGAGUCAUCAAAUAACUUGGAUGUCUUGAGUGGCGGCGAGAGCGACGCAGGUGAUACUCUGUCCAGGCGGAAUAAUAAUAGUAUAUCAUCGAAUGUGCUGGGCACGCUGCGAGAGACGACGGGCGAGCAUACACGGAAGCGCAACACCGACAUCACCUACUACAUAGCCAAGGAGCUGCUAAUGACUGAGCGCACAUACAAAAGGGACCUUGAACUUGUUACUGUGACGUGGUCGCGGCGCGUGUCGUCGCUGGCGGCGCGCGGCUCGGCGGCGGGGCUGGCGCGCGCGUGCCUGGCGCUGGAGCCGCUCGCGCUGCCCGCCGGCGCCUUCCUCGCGCGCCUCGAGCGCACGCUCGCGCACGCCUCGCCCGCCUCGCCCGCCUCGCCCGCCUCGCCCGCACGGAGCGACGAAUCUGAAGAACCAGAGUACAAAAAAAUAUCUGAUAUAUUACACGACUAUUUAUCGAGUAUAGCUGAGGCGCAGGCACAAUACGUAGCGGGAGCGGGCGCACUGGUGGGCGCGUCGGAGAGUGCGCGUCGGCGCGGCGGGGAGGCGGCGCGCGCGGCUACAUGGUUCGAGGGCGCGGCGCCGCUACCGCUCGCCUGCUUGCUGCUGCGCCCGCUGCACCGCGCGCUGCAUCUGCACACGCUCGCUAACGAACUGCACGAGCACUGCCGUAGCGAGUCGUCGGCGCGUGCGCUUGAGGUAGCGCGGUCGAGCGCACGCGGCGCCGCGCUGCAGUUGCUACACGCAGAGAACCUCGCAGCGUUGUGUCAACUACAGCGGGACAUAGCAGGUUACGACAAGCUACUGGUGCCGGAGCGAGAGUUUAUACGACUCGGCUGCGUGUACAAACAUUCCACAGUAGGAUUACAACAAAGGAUGCUGUUUCUGUUCAACGACGUGCUGGUGGUGGCGUCCAAGAGCGACGGCAGCCGGUUCCGCGCGCACGCCGCGCUCGCGCUGCACGGCCUGCAGCUACAGCGCGGCGACCUGUCGCACUCCUUCACCAUCACGGGCGAUGAUACGACUCUCCUAUUAAACGCGAGCAAUGAGCAAGAAUUCCGCGGUUGGUACGAAGCGCUCCGGCAAGCUAUAGACAACGCGCACGACAGAUACACCGACGUUGAUACAGAACUGACUCCGCACGACCAACAGACUACGGAGUGCGCGAGCGGUUCUGGCGGUUCUGGCGGGUCGAGCGGCGGCGCGCUGGCCGCCGUGUGCUGGCACCGCGCCACCGCGCUCGGCCGCGACCAGCUGCACCUCGCCAUGCGGACGCAACUAUCGGGCUACUUACUGCGUAAGUUCAAGAAGUCGCCGGGAUGGCAGAAGCUGUGGGUGGUGUUCGCUAUGUUCACGCUCUACUUCUACAAGGUGUGGCAGGACGAAACGCCGCUCGCGUCGCUACCACUGCUCGGAUACUCGGUAGGGCCGCCGGAGUCGGGUGACGGCAUCGACAAGGACUUCGUGUUCAAGCUACAAUUCAAGAACCACGUGUACUUCUUCAGAGCGGAUAGUCAUUUCACUUACAACAGAUGGACAGAAGUGCUCCAGACGGCGAUGCUACACUCAGAACACAAUAACGUUAAGUUUAAUUAGUUGAAUUGCUCGUAAAUGUGCUCCGUACAUUUCAAUGAUCAGAUGUGUUUUGAUUUUGUGUUUAUUGCAUUCGAAAUCAGACGAAUCAAUGAUAUGUCACCGUCUCCUAUGAACAUGAGUUGUCAAGAAAGUAUGCAUACCAUUGCAUACAGAAUUGUUUAAAAGCUCCAACACGUUUUUUGUACUCAUAUAGUACUAACUUCAUAGUCUUACAUGUUUCCGGUCUAUAUAAUAAUAUAGACUGUAAAUAUAUUCGAUUUAAGGAACAGAGGGACAAAAGUACCUCGAGAGUUCUAUAUUCGCAAGUAAGGUCAUUAUGGUGUCUGGGCGUAUUUUGAUAUGUAAAUCAUAUGGGUCAAGUGUAACUGAAUAUUGAAAUGGACGGUCGAAGUGAACAUAUCGGGUGCCAUAGGAAAUAUUUGAAUUCAAUUUGUAAAAAGAUAGUCUCGCAAAUUAGUUGGGUCCUCGGUAAUUGUUGUAUCUCAAAAAUCAUAAAAACUGAGCAUAAUUGGUUCAACGGUUUUAUAGAUCCUAUUUUAUAUUAAGUAUCUAUAAUUUUUGUAUUUACUAUAGUAUUUUAUAUUCGAUAUUUGAGGAGCCGGGUUGAUAGAACUCCUCCGAAUGCAUUGUAAUCCGAAGUAAAGUAUCGGGUUAUUCCAAAGAUUGCCGAGGUGACAAAUUAGUUGCGUUCGAUUAUACUUAUUUGUAAAACAAGGAAAUGUUUCUUGCCCCUAUUUAUUUGUGAUUUCGAACUCAACUGUAUGAUAAGUCAAGAGUUAGAGGCAGCGACAAUCGCUGUGACUGUCAAAAUGAGCAAUAAUAUUUAUAUUGAUAGAAAUCAAACUCGUGAUAUGAUAUUUUUAGUACCUGAUGAAAUAAUCAGAAAUAUAUAUAUAUUUUAAAUUGUACUUUGUUUUGUACCUUUCCAAUAAUUACGUUGAUUAUUAACGCCUAAAAAUACUCUCAAGGUGGCGCCAGCGUGCUAGAUUGGUUUACACAUCUAUAUAAUUAAAACGCACGUCUCUUCUUAAGGGACUUGUGCCCGCGUAGUUUACUUGAUGUUCAUACGUAUCGGAUGUCGGGAUAUUCAAGUCGACUACCAAUUACGCAACUGGAUUGUGUCCUAAGACCCUUUUUCUAUUUUUCAUUUAACAUAUCUUAAUUAGCGUUUCAUUUAAUUUUUACAAUUUUAAUGCCAUCAUGUAAUGAAUGAAUGAAUAUGAUGUUAAUUAUAGUAUAUUUUUUAUACAAGGGCCUUAUAACUGUUGUAUUUAUUUGCGAUAUGUGAUAAUGUACGUAUGUUUGUAACCAAGUAUUUUAACUUUUUAAAUUCUCUCAUGAUUGUUGAACGUGCAUUCUCCGCGCAACAAAUGCGACACAAUAUAUUGAUCAUAUUUUACACGGCUAUAAAAUGUAUUGCCGAUUAAAUAUACAAGUCGCGUGUCAAAUGUUGUCUAGCGAAUUCAAGGCGUAAGUAAUAAAAAUUUAAUGACGGUAGAUUUAAUUUUUUAACCGACUGACGGACAUAAUAUUUUUAUAUAAACAUUGAUAAAUGCUAAUGCUUCGCUCAGAGCGUUUAUAAGUCAUUGCUGAAGGAUAUAACCAGACACACCAUCACAGUAGUGUAGCUAAGAAAUCGGAUGUGUGUGUUUUGUAUGUAAUACAACAUACUCGGAAACUUUUGCUGUGUAAAAUGUACAUAUAUAUGUUUUGUUCAUUACAACACACAUGUCCGAUCUCUUAUUAAUAAUAUGCGAUAGCACUCAAGCGAACAAUAUAUUUAUUGUAGGAACGCUUUUAUCGCAUCACAGCAUUGUAUAUGGAAGAACGACGUGUGAGCAAUUAGUCGCAAGGUGAAGUAUAUUCCAAAGCUAUAAACAUACUUUUAUUUAUUAAGGACACGAAAGUAUUUUGAAAUAAAAUACAUUAUACACAAA